GCCGUCCUGAGUUAGCGCCCUGACCUCCUAAGGCUCUUCUCCUUGAGCCGAGACAGUUUUUUGAAAUAUAUUUAUUCUCUUAAAAAAGGCCAAAACAUGUCAAAAAACACUACCAUGGAAAUUUCAUAAAUACUACCAUGUGAAGAACCUUCUACUCAGAAAAUACAGUAUAUCUUCAGACAUCUUAGAGAAGUUCCAGAAAGAACAGCAGGUUGUUUAUUAUGUCUUUGGCUGAUGCAACAAAAGCACGUUCCGAAGGGCAUUUCCCCGUGGUGGAGUUAGACAAGAGCAGGAAGUCCGGAGAGUGCAGGAGACGCUCGGGCAUGGGCGAUUUGUCCAGGACCAGCAGGGCUUCCAGUGGGAGUGUGGAGUACAGCAGGUCCCAGUGCUCCUGCCGAAGUCUGAAUUCUCGCUGUGACUACUCAGAAGACUUCCUCUCUGAGGGUUCAGAAGCAGGCAGUAACAGAGAUUAUUUAGAACAGCCUGUGGUAAAAGGAAAGGAGAAGAAAACAUAUAACAUUCCUAAAAUCUCCCAGCCCAAAGGCCAGAAGGAAACCGUGGUUGAGAAAAAGCACAUCUGGAAUGCGUCAUUCUUUCCUUCUCAAAUCAGCAUGAUCACGCAAAAAAGAGAUGCAACGACCCACCGGAUCCUCUCGGCAAGACUCCACAAGAUCAAGGAGCUGAAGAACGAGCUGACGGACGUGCACCGCAAGCUGGAAGCCACCAUCCUAGAAAACCAGUUUCUGAAACAGCUUCAGCUCAGGCACCUGAAAGCCAUAGGCAAGUACGAGAACUCGCAAAACAACCUGCCUCAGAUCACCCUCAAGCACCAGAACGAGGUGAAGAACCUACGGCAGCGCCUCCGGACCUCGCAGGAAAAGGAAAGAGCCGUGUCCAGGAAGCUCCGAGAAGCCGACAGCAGGCUGCUCAAGACCCGCGACGCCCUCCAGGCCCUGCAGAAGCUCUCCGAAGACAAAAACCUGGCCGAGAGAGACGAGCUGACACACAGACUGUCUCUCCUCACCGCCAAAAUGGAAACCAAUGACAAAAAAAUACAGAGCUUAGAGAAACAACUGAGGCUGAACAAUCGCGCCUUUGGCCGGCAAUUGGCGGCUGAAAACCGGAAGACUGUAGCAGCACAAACGGCAACCAAGACUCUGCAAGUGGAGGUGAAACACCUGCUACAGAAGCUGAAGGAGAAAGAACGUGAGCUUGAAAUUAAAAACAUCUAUACUAAUCGAAUACUUAAAAAUUUACAUGAAAAAGAUUACCCAAAAGCUUCUUCUACAAAGUCAGUCCAAGCAGACAGAAAAAGUUUGUCAUUUACAAGUAUGAGACACCAAGAAACCCAAAAAUCAGAAGACUUUCUCCCUUUGAAAACUAAGUUACAGAGCAAAAAGACAACAAGAAACAUUGGUCAUACAGAAAAAUCAACUGAAAUGAACUGUGAAAUUCCUCAGGCUAUCAGUAAACUUCCAAGACAAGAGGAAUCUAAGAGGAAAUAUGAAGAUUUAUCCAAGGCAGAAGAAACGCAAGGGCCGCGGCAGAACACCACGAGACAGACAGAGAAAAGGGAAGAGCAAGAAAAGAAGCCCGCCUUACAAGAGCUGUCCCCCCCAAGAACGCCCGCUCCUCGCCCCGACAGCGGGAGCCGUCAGGAAGACGGGGCGGCCCCCGAAAAGCGGAGUUCCCAGGUGAGCGACCCGGACGAGGCGCGGGACACGCCCGUGGCUCCCGGCGCCCGCGCGGCCUUCCGCCCCCGGAAGCACUACUCCUUCACCGAGGCCACCGAGAACCUGCACCAGGGCCUCCCCGCCUGCCCGGGGCCCGGCCACCCCGGCGGCACGCGGUGCCCGGCAGGCGGCCGACACCGGGGCCGCGCCGAGGACCCGCGGCCCGAGCCGGAGGCCGGCGGCUACGAGCCCUCCUUCCCCGCCGCCGCGCCCUCCCGGGCCAAAGCGGGGGACGCGGCGGCGUUCCGGAGCAGGAAGAGCUGCCUCAUGGAGGAGCUCUUCGGGCCCGGCUUGGUCUUGAAGCCGGAGCGGAGCGGUCCCGGGGCCGCCGAGGGCCCCGAGGAGCCCGCGAAAGGCAAGGCCUCCGCCAGCAACGCCUUCGGGGACUCCAAAGUGACCGUGGCCAACUCCAUGCAGGCCGCCUCGCCCACAGAGGAGAAGAGGAAGAUCAUCAUUUAA